GAUAUAAUGAUAACCUGUUGGCAUUGAGUGAAUAGUUGACGUAUUAUCUGUUAGUUAGCUAUUGCCGAUAGGAAAUCCGGAUCAUUUAAAAAAUGGCAGUUUAAAAAACAAAUAUAAAAUCAAAAAUGUUCUCAAAGGCGAUAAUUUUACUGUGUGUGAUAUUAAAUUUAAGUGAAGCAAGCAAUGUUACGAGUGUGGAGUAUGAAAAAUUUUUAGAAAUACCAAGGUAUAUCAACUAUGACGAGCUGACGAAUCUCUUCAAAAAAUUGGAAUCUGAACACCCAGAUUUGGUGAAGUUGAUAACUGUAGGAAAAUCUGUGAAAAAUAGGGAGUUGUGGGCCUUGGAGAUCCAUUCCAAUGUUCCUAAUAGGACUGUGUUAACUCCCAUGUUUAAAUAUGUUGCUAAUAUGCAUGGGGAUGAGGCUGUCGGUAGACAACUGAUGAUUUUUUUAGCUGAAUAUUUGAUUCAUAAUUAUGGGAAAAAUGAAAGAGUGACUAAAUUGGUGGACACAACUGAUAUUUUUUUGAUGCCUUCUAUGAACCCUGAUGGGUAUGAAAACUCAGAGGAAGGAAAAUGUGAUUCAAAAAAUGGAUAUGUUGGAAGGGAAAACGUCAACCAUGUUGAUUUGAAUAGAGACUUUCCUGAUCAGUUUGAUGUAUCAAGAGCAGGAACAAUUUUAUCAGGCAGACAGCCUGAAACCGUAGCAUUGAUGACAUGGAUUAUUUCCAGACCUUUUGUCUUGUCAGGCAAUCUACAUGGAGGAGCUGUGGUGGCCAGUUACCCUUUUGAUGAUUCAAACUCAGGAAAGAAAUGCUGUGUUGAAAGUAACUCUCCUGAUAAUAAUCUUUUCAAAACACUUGCACUCACCUAUGCUGAAUCCAAUCCUAUAAUGAAACCAGGUAAUGCUUGUAAAGAAGAUUCCUUUGAACAAGGAAUCACUAAUGGGGCAAACUGGUAUGAAGUGAGGGGUGGCAUGCAAGAUUUCAACUACGUCCAUUCUAACUGUUUCGAGGUAACUUUCGAACUCAGCUGUUGUAAAUUCCCUUUGGCAAGUACUCUGCCUCAGGAAUGGAGGAACAAUAAAGAAUCUUUACUCCGAUUUAUAGAGGCUAGUCAUUGGGGUGUUAAAGGGCUUGUGACUAAUGAAAGAGGAGAAGCUGUGUUAGAUGCUGAUGUGGUGGUAGUUGGUAUCAGUCAUAAUAUAACGACAUCCAAUAGAGGAGAGUAUUGGAGAUUACUUUUGCCAGGUACUUACGAGAUGUACUCUACAGCAUAUGGCUAUCAAUCAUCUGAGAGGGUUCAAGUAACUGUUGAAAAAGGCAAAACGAGCAGGCAGGACUUCAAAUUACAACUCCUACCACCUGAACAAGGUCUCUUCCAAAUACCGGAAAUCGAUAAUACUACUAUUUACGACAAAUUCGGGUUUUUACUUAGUGACGAAUCCGUUUUCAAACACCACCACUAUGAAGAGAUGAUAAGUUUCAUGAUCCAGUAUCAUAAACUUUAUCCAAACAUAACGAGAUUGAAUUCUAUUGGCACCUCAGUGCAAGGACGAGAGCUACUUGUGUUUGUUAUUAGCAGUACUCCUGAUAAGCAUGUGCCAGGAAAACCCGAAUUCAAAUAUGUUGCUAACAUGCAUGGAAAUGAAGUGGUUGGAAAAGAACUUCUGCUAGUUCUGAUAAAAUAUCUUUGCGAGCGUUAUGGUAUAGAUUCUAGAAUUACCAGUUUAUUGGAUACCACAAGGAUACAUCUGUUACCAAGUAUGAACCCAGAUGGAUACGAAAUAUCGAAAGAAGGCGAUCCUUCAAGUCUUCUUGGGAGAAACAACGCUCAUGAUUAUGAUUUAAAUCGUAACUUUCCAGAUCAGUAUGGUGUAAAUAAGUACAAUGAAAUCAUUCAGCCAGAAACCCAAGCCGUCAUAGACUGGAGUCUGUCAGAACCUUUUGUACUUUCUGCUAAUCUUCAUAAUGGUGCCUUGGUGGCUAAUUAUCCUUAUGAUGAUACUCCAAAUGGUCAAAUAUCUGAAAACCUCACUCCAGAUGACAAAAUAUUCAAAUAUUUAGCACACACAUAUGCCAGUGCACACAAAACAAUGCAUAAAGGUGUAGCAUGCCCGAUGUUUCCUAAUGAAAUUUUCAAUGGUGGUAUCACAAAUGGUGCUAAAUGGUACGUUGUUACUGGUGGAAUGCAAGACUGGAAUUAUCUUGUUGCUGGCUGUAUGGAAUUGACUCUAGAAAUUGGAUGUUACAAGUACCCUAUGGCCAAGGAUCUACCAGAAUAUUGGCUAGAUAACAAAGAGGCAGUAAUAACUUAUAUGGAACAGGUUCAUAAAGGAGUGUCAGGCUACAUUACAAGCACCAUAGGUCACCCCAUAAAAGAUGCUGAAAUUCUCGUAGAAGGUAUAAAACAUUCAGUCAAAUCUGCAAAAGACGGAGACUACUGGAGAAUACUUUUGCCAGGACAGUAUAACCUCACUGUUGCCGCCCGAGGAUAUGAGAGUUAUACUUCAGCAAUCAUCAUUCCAGAUUCAGGUUAUCUACAGUACAAUGUAACACUGAUGAAAGAUGAUCCUUUACAUUGGGCCAGUGCCUACGAUUUUGGUAUAGGAGAGAAUCAGUACAAGCCAAAGUACCAUACCACCCAAGAAAUCUCUUUUAUUUUGUCGGACAUGGAAAAUAAAUACCCCGGUGCUGCAUCCUUUGAAGGUGGAGACAACUAUGUUUCAAUGACCAUCCAUUCUUUGAAAAUAUCUGAUAAG